AAACAAAGUAACACAAACAUGCAUAAGAGUGCUUCAGGUUCCUACUUGGGUCCAGGAGGCCUGGACCUAUCCCAAGCCUUCUUCAAGUCCAUUCUUCACACUUCUCCUCCCUCUCCUACCAAGAGACACACCAAGAUCUCCGUCGUCGGAGCCGGCAACGUCGGCAUGGCCAUAGCCCAGACCAUUCUCACCCAAGAUAUCACCGACGAGCUCGUCCUCGUUGACGCCUUGCCGGACAAGCUCCGAGGAGAGAUGCUCGACUUGCAGCACGCUGCCGCGUUUCUCCCUCGCACCAAGAUCUACGCCUCUACUGAUUACUCCGUCACCGUCGGAUCCGACCUCUGUAUCGUCACCGCCGGCGCUCGCCAGGGCGAGGGCGAGUCCAGGCUGAAUCUUCUUCAGAGGAACCUCACGAUGUUUAAGAGUAUAAUUCCCCCGCUGGCUCGUUACUCCCCAAACUCUGUCCUGCUCAUCGUCUCCAAUCCUGUGGACGUCUUAACCUACAUUGCAUGGAAGCUUUCCGGCUUCCCAUCCAACCGAGUCCUCGGAUCCGGCACCAACCUGGACUCCUCCAGGUUCAGAUUCCUCAUCGCCGAUCAUCUCGACGUCAAUGCUCAGGACGUGCAGGCUUUCAUAGUUGGGGAACACGGAGACAGUUCGGUGGCUUUGUGGUCGAGUAUUAGUAUCGGAGGAGUUCCGGUGCUGAGCUUUCUGGAGAAGCAGCAGAUAGAGUACGAGAAGGAGACAUUAGAGAACAUUCACAAGCAAGUUGUGGAGAGUGCUUAUGAAGUGAUUCGUCUGAAAGGCUAUACUUGUUGGGCCAUAGGGUACUCGGUGGCGAGCUUGGCUCGAUCCAUUCUGAGAGACCAGAGAAAGAUCCACCCAGUCUCUGUGCUCGCAAACGGAUUUCAUGGCAUUGACGACGGAGGACAGGUGUUUCUGAGCUUGCCGGCUCAGCUCGGAAGAGGUGGCGUCUUGGGUGUCACCAACGUGCACCUCACCGAAGAGGAAGCUCAGAAGCUGAGGGACUCUGCUAAAACCAUUCUCGAAGUCCAGACCGAGUUGGGCAUUUGAAUCUUCUAUUUGAUAUUUGUUUCCCUCUGAUUUGUGUGCUUCUUGUUAUUUAUUUUGUUUUUCCAGUUUUUUUUUUUUUAAUUUAUGCCUAUCAUAUUUUGAUCAUCAUGCGCUGUGUCCUGAGACGCACACUAAAUUAUUUUUUUCCAAAUAUAAUAAGAUGAUUUGUUAAUUUUCUAUUA